AUGGCCGCCCAAGCGCCAGCGAAAUCAAACUCAACCUCUCCGGCCACCCAAGCAGGCGACGCCAAUGACGUGCCCGAAUUAUCUUUCGGUAUGCUGACAAAGGACGCCGACAAGCAAGAAGCCAUGAAGCUGGUGGCAGACAGCAUCGCGCAACAGCGUCAAAUUGCCUCCUUUUCCGUCAUCGCCCACCCCGCCUGCCUCGCAGGGCUGCUUGCGGGUUGCGCGUCCAUCUACCGCCUCAAUGCGCAUGGCGACUUUGGCAGUGGCCUCCUCAUGAUGUGCGGGCUGAUUCUUGCCUACCUGGCCGGCGUGCGGCUCCUGACAGCCAGCUACAUUCGGUUGGCCGAGAGCUUCAAGUGGAAGGAAUGGAUUGCCAGCCCCCAAGGCCAAGACGACUACAUCCUCGCAGCACGUUUCGGAGGCCAGAUCAUUGCCACGCUGGUGCUGCGAAUUGCGGCACCGCCCGGACGCGCAAAGACGGCGGCGGCGGCAAAGGCGUCUUGUCCUCCUUCCGUCCGGGGCGGCCGAGGAGUCAUUCGCGCUUGGACGACGCGGCAAAGGUACCGCAACCGGCGCAUCGGGGGCGACAUGCUGCGCCUGGCGGUUCUGACGACGCGCAGUAGGUGCGGUGACGGUUCGCACGUGUCUUUUGACGUCGACCACGCCAACAGCGCACGACCUCUACACGACAUGUUCAACAGGCCGUUUGCCAAGAGCGAAGAAAGAGCGGCCCAAGCGUUAAAGCACGCGCUUGAAGCCUGCGACCGCGGAGAAAGCAGCUUUCGGACUGGGGCUUUUGUUCAGGAUGACGAGUUUGGCCAUGACCAACGGCUGGCAUGCUUUGUACGCCCAGUCCAGGGAGGACUCGUAUGGCCGUGGCUGAUUGAUGGAAACCCUCCUGAAAAGCAACAACCACCCCGUGACACCCUGUUGGGCGGCCCUGCACUGAUGAGAGGAUCUUGUCCAUCUCGUAAUUCCAAGCAGGCUACCAUGAGCCCCUUGCCACCUUGA